AACAGACAGCGGUUGACUCAAUUCGCCUGCCUCCUCUGCUUCCGAGAACCCGCAAGCUACAAUACUGCAGUCUGAACCAGUAAAACGUUGAAGGUAGCCAACAACUGCACCGACAGCGGAAGACACGUUGCGCUUGGUAACUGUGAAGACUGUAGUUGUGUUAUACUGUGGUGAAGCAGUAUCUGACCCGGUUCAUGAAGAUACACUGGAACUGGUCAAACGUCUGGUAUGUGAUUCCAACGGUCAUUAGAGGUUAAGGCCUGUUCAGUCAAUUUCCUCUUGCAAAGCUUUUUCCGGUGCCAUAGACGCAAUGGCAAGCAGAAGAAAAUCCACAACUCCUUGCAUGGUGCUCCCGUCUGAUGUAGUGGAACAGGAUCUGGACAUGGAGGCAAUAGAUGGGCAGGAGGGGGGUGAGAGUAUGGCAGAGGGGCCUACAGAAGGAGCCGUCGUUCCCACAGAAACAGAGCCAGAACACGAUGGACGCCAUUAUGCAAGCGAGGACAACUUUACUCGUAUGGCUGGGAAGCGUCAGGGUCAAGCUAGUAUGGAGCAGACGAUUACUGACUUAACCUGUGAAGGUGGAUUCGUGCAGAAUGAAACGGAGGACAGCGAUGACCCUUCAGUUACUGGGAUAUCACUCAGCAAGACGCCUAUUAUGAAAAUGAAGAGCAAAUCUGAGCCCAAAAGGAUUGCCGUGUCUCUCAAAGGUGCCGAUGAGAGCGAUGUGAUGGGAGAAAGCGAGGGGGAGCAGGAGCCAAUGGAGGCGUCGGCCGUGGGCACUUCUAUGACUACCGAGCUAAUGAGUCCAAUUCAUGCUGAAUCGGCGAAGCCUAACGUACUUGUCAACAUUCCCAAUCCAGUGUCAGCUGAGCCGAAGAAAACGGUCAUCAACUCCGCCACAGUUCUUCCCGCUGGUUUGGCCCAGGUGCUCUCUGCUUUGCAGGCACAACAGAGCGCCCAGGCUCAGCUGCUAAUCCCGGUAAGCAGUAUCCCAACCUAUAACGCAGCUAUGGAUACUAACGCAGUCCUGGUGAACACCUACAAGAAGUUUCCUUACCCAUCAGUGUCUGAGAUUAUGGGGCUGGCGGCACAGACCAAGUUCAGUGAGGAACAAAUAAAAAUCUGGUUCUCUGCCCAGCGCUUGAAACACGGAGUGAGUUGGACACCAGAAGAGGUUGAGGAGGCCAGGAGGAAGCAGUUUAAUGGCACAGUCCACACAGUGCCUCAGACUAUCACAGUUAUACCAGCCCACCAUCUCUCUGCAACCAACGGCCUGCAGUCGAUUUUGCAGACCUGUCAGAUCGUGGGACAACCAGGCUUGGUUCUGACACAGGUGGGUACAGCCAACAGUUUGCCUGUGACCACUCCUAUAACACUAACAGUGGCAGGAGUGCCCAAUCAAACCCAGGCACCUAAGGCAUCAACCAAUCAAGCAAGUCCAGCAGUCAGUGAAACCAAGAGAGCAAUUACAGUUCAGCCCCCAUCUCUGACCCCGCAAGAGAACUCUGCUCUUAGUGCUGACCAUUUUGGGAUGCGGCCCAAGAAGUCCAAGGAGCAGCUGGCUGAGCUUAAGGCCAGCUACAUGAAGAAUCAGUUUGCCAGUGAAGCAGAGAUCGCAAGACUGAUGAAGUUGACCAAUCUCACCAAAGGGGAGAUCAAAAAAUGGUUCAGCGACACACGCUACAACCAGCGCAAUUCCAAGAACAGUCAGGUUAUUGUCUUCCAGGAUAACAACAAGGCCAAUAGCAGUGCCACCAUUGUUAUUGACUCCAGUGAUGAGACUCCACAGUCACCAACACCUUCACCCGUCAAGGAGAAGGAGACACGUGCCAAGACCUGGAAUCCAUUCCCUGACUUUACAUUGCAAAAAUUUAAAGAGAAGACUCCAGAACAACUGGUGGUUUUGGAGGAAAGCUAUCAGAAAUGUGACACACCAACUGAUGAAGAACUUGAUCGACUCAGAGCAGAGACCAAGCUCACUAGGCGGGAAAUAGACGCUUGGUUCACAGAAAAGAGAAAGGCCCCUGUGGCAGAUCAGUCCGAGCUUAAAACUGAUCGAACUGAGAGUGAAUCAUCCAUGAGAAAGGGUAAUCAAACUCCACCAGGUGCAAAAAAAUCGAGCAAAGAGAAACUGAGCAAGAAAACUCCAGAGCAGUUGCAUGUUCUGAAGAGUGCUUUUGUGCGCACCCAGUGGCCGUCGCCUGAAGAGUACGACAAGCUGGCGGAAGAGAGUGGACUGCCCAGGACCUACAUCGUUAACUGGUUUGGAGACACUCGUUAUGCUUGGAAAAAUGGAAACCUGAAGUGGUACUUCUAUUACCAGAGUGGGAAUGUGGAGGCCAUGAAUGGCAAUAAGAACAGGAAACGGAGGAUCCGCAACCGAGGGUGGGGGAGGUCUCGCAGUAGGAAGCCCAAAAAGCCUGCAGGCUUGGAAAAGUCUCCACCAAUCAAGUUCAAGACUGGUAAAGAUAUUCUGAAGGAAUACUAUCUGAAACACAAAUUCUUGAAUGAGCAAGAUCUGGAUGAGCUUGUUGCCAAGUCCAACAUGAGCUACGAGCAGGUUAGAGAGUGGUUUGCUGAUAUUCGUAAGAAAGAGGACAUGGGAGCAGAUCCAUUUGAUGACAGUGCUGUUAAUGAGGAGCCAGAAGAGGAGGAAGAGGAGUCACAGGGUGAGAAUGAGAUGACAGCUGAAGAGCAAGGUCCAGCUCCCACUGGAGAUGAGGAUGGUGAUGAUGACGAAGAUACAGAAGACAGUGAUUCUUGGGAGCCCCCGCAAAGCAUCAGAAAAACCCAAUCAGGCUCGGAGGAGCAGUGACUUUCAAUGCCUGCCGCUGUUCCGGAAAACAGUACAAACAAAUCCGAACAUGACAGUGUGGUGUGAGAAGCACUGCUUGACUGAAGAACCCACUGUCAGAUACCACCAACAAAUCCUCUCGUAACACUUUUACAACUAAUUGUUCAAGUAUUGACCUUUGAAACAGUCACCUGCUUUGAUAAAGCUUCUACAACACAUGUGAAGACUGCCGCAAGAGCUUGCAGUGCAGGAACUGUUGUGAUAAUAGUAUUACAAAAAUUUCAUACUUAGGGUCCUAAAACGCAUAUACUGUUUUAUUCUGCUCACAUACAUAUGUGUAAUGUAGAUUGGAAUGCACCUGUCAAGCACCCUUUUAUACCUGCCAAGAGGUGGUGGGACCUAUGCCCAUAGUGAGGAUGCAAAAGGACAUUUCUAUGGAGUUCUCUCUCCAUCACACAGAGGACUCAUGGUGCCAAAGUUAUUCUGAUGAAUGUUAUGGUUCCCUAUGCUAUGAGAGGAGUCGUUAAUCUGGGGAUAUGCAUAAGCUGUGUCUUCUCUUGAGGGACUGAUAGAAUGGCACACGAUUAGGCACUUUGUCAACUACCGUAUUAAUUUACGGAGUUUAAAAAAAAAAAAAAAAAAAAAA